CUGCCGGUGAUCGGUGGCUUCCUUGCAGAGCUGAAGGACCUGAACAGCUCCAUGACAACCCCUGAGAUGGCCAGAGAGGUCGGGGAGCUGAGGAAGGACUGUGCGAGUUACACAGAGAAACUGGAGAGGAUCAAAUCUGCCACCAACCACGUGACUCCGGAAGAAAAAGAGAAGGUCUGCAGCGAGCAGAAGCUGUACUGCAAGGAUUGGCGGAGGAGGAAGCGAAUG